AUGGCCACCAAAGUACUGACGGAGCCGCAAUCGGUUGAGCUCCAGCCUGUCAAAGCCAAUGGCAGCCCUGACUCAGCGUCGGCUGAAGCUCUCUCUGAUCCGUCCAGUGGCUCUUCGCCUGCUACUCCAGCAGAAGACGCCAAAACGGCCAUCGUCCACUCCAAGCUGCGAGCCACGCUCAUUGUUGCGCAGCUGCUGGGCCUGAACCUCUUCAGCAGUUUCUGCAAUGGUGUCGUCGUUGUCGGUCUGCCAGCAAUGGCGACCUCAUUGCACAUUGACGAGGGGCUGCUUGUAUGGCCGACCUCGGUCUUCUACCUGACUGCAGGAUCGUGUCUGUUGCUAGCAGGCUCCAUCGCUGAUGUGGUCGGCACCAAAACGAUGUGCCUGGUAGGAGCCUUUACUGCUGCCAUCUCCGCCAUGGCCUGCGGUCUGGCCCAAAGCAGCGGCCAAUUGAUUGCCUUUCGCGCUCUGCAGGGCGUCACAAACGCCAUCAUCGUUCCCUCGUCCGUCUCCAUCAUCUCGACCGGCUUGGAGGAGGGACGGCCGCGCAAUCUGGGCUUUGCGUGCCUGGGUUUUGCUGGUCCGAUUGGAUUCUCGCUUGGUUUAGUUCUGGGCGGUGUCUUUGCUGACCGCACCGGCUGGAGGGCCGCAUUCUAUCUUGCUGCAGCCACCACUUUCGCUUUAUUUUUGGCCGGCAUUUGGGUGUUGCCGAAGAAUGCUGCUCGUCCAAGGAAAUCUAUUUGGUCCCGGAUUUUGACGGAAAUUGACAUCAUUGGGGCACUCAUCGGGACUGCAAGUUUGGUGAUGCUGUCUUAUGUCCUCGCAGUCUUAUCCGCCGACAUCCACAGCAUUCACAAGGCAUCUACCAUUGCCCUUCUAGUUGUCAGUGCUGUCUUGAUUCCUGUCUUCAUAGGGUGGAUGCAAUACCAGGAAAAGCACCAGCGCAAUGCACUUAUUCCCAACUCGCUGUGGAAGAACUGGGUGUUUACCAGUUGUUGCCUAAUGGUGCUCUUCACCACGGCCGUAUGCAACUGCAUGGAGCUAUAUAGCAGUCUGUUCUUCCAGCAAGUACAGCGUCAUUCUGCGCUGCAUGCUUCACUGCAGAUUCUCCCGUCGCUUAUUUCUGGAGCUCUAACAAACAUAUCGACCGGCAUUUUUGUCAACCGCAUGCCAGUCAUGUGGUCUGUACUCAUCUCCUCGACCAUCAGCGCAGUCGCGCCGCUUCUCAUGGCCCUCAUUCAUCCCGAAUGGCCUUAUUGGUACGAUGCUUUCUUCGCCCAGAUUUUGACUCCAUUGAGCUGCGAUAUCCUCUUCACAGUUGGCCUCCUCGUCGUGUCAGACGUUUUUCCUACCCACAUGCAGGCUUUGAGCGGAGCCGUCUUCAACACUUGCGCACAGCUGGGCACAGCCAUUGGUCUAACCGUUACCUCGCUCAUUGCCACCUCUGUGACCAAUUCAUCUUCCGACGCUGAUAAAGAGUCGCCCAGCGCGCUUAUGGAUGGGUAUCGCGCCGUCUUCUGGACCAUGUUCGCCGCUAUGGUAUUGACUUGUGUACUCAGUGUGCUUGGAUUACGGACAGUCAAGCAAUUGGGUGUUAAGCGAGAUUAA